UGGCUUUCAGAACAAGAUGAACAAAAAUCAGAUGAACACAUUGGUACAAUAGAAGUCAGAGGUUUCAAGGAAACUACGACUGAUGAGGUUAUAAGAUAUUUCUUCCAGAGCAAGAAAAGAUCUGGAGGUGGUCAAAUCAAAAGUAUGGAGAUCAAGAGAAAAGAAAAUAAAGCCUGUAUCACCUUUGAGGAUGCAAAAGUUGCAUCCCGAAUAAUACAAAGAGGCACCUUGACAUUGGAAGACGCACCCCUGCAGAUCUGUGAGUUACUUGGCCCCCAAAAACCUGUCAAUGUGAAGAUGCCAUUACAACCCAACAAACUACUUUUGAGGGGCCUGUUGCCAACAACCACUCCAGACUGCUUGAGGUUUUUUGUAGAGUACAUCAGUGAGCAGGACACAUUUGAUAUUGUGUAUGGACCACAACCAGGUGUCAUACUGGUGACAUUCCAGGAGAAGAUAGAUUUUGGUAUUGUCCAAAAGAGGAUCCAGAAAAAGAAAAACAAACAAACAUCAGAAUUUGGUAAUGUCGAUGCUGCACAGGUCUACUUUCCAAGUGCUGUACAGGUCCAUGGCCUACCUCCUUCAACCACAAAAGAUGCCCUAGAAAUCCACCUGGAAGCUCAGUGUGACAGUGAUGCCCAUGCAGAAGUUAUUCAACUAAAUGUUGAUAAGGGAUAUGGUGUGGUUGAGUUCUCUGAUUACAGAGAUAUUGGGCCAUUAUUGACAAAGGAACACAGAAUAGCUGGACAAGUAAUCACUUUACAUGCAUAUUAUCCCUUUUUUGGAGAGACCUCUCAUCUGCCAACCUCAGGACAAGUUAUAGUGAAAGUCAACCCAGCUUUUGUGAAGUAUGUUCAAAAACAUCCUCAAGUUUGUGGGAGGAAGUUUGCAGAUGUUCUUGAGAAAGCACAUGCCCAAGCCCAGUUUACUAAUGAUGGAGAACUCCGUCUCUCUUGCACCAUCACAGAUGAUGCCCCGGAUGCCUUUGCGCUGAUCCAAACAUGGGAACAAGAGGCAAGAUUGAAAGUCCAGGAUUUUUUUCAGCAUUACUCACAUGAGGUUUUCCAAAUUCAACCGGAUGCAUGGAAUAACACUGUGGAAAGAAUCGCAGAGAAGCGCUUAGUUGAAUCAUGUGGUAUUAUUUUGGAUAUGGACCCUCACACUAUGAAAAUUACCCUUACUGGUGAAAAUGAAAUGGUAAUGCUGUUGUCAAAUCAAGUGAAAGCCAUUCAUGAUGCAGAAAUGAAAGCAAUAGAAAGGGAGAGGGAGAAAAUAAAAGAUAACAUAUCUUUGGAUGAAUACAAGCUAAGACUGUUGCUUGCUUUGAACUUUUUGAACAAUAUGGAGGAGCAGUUUCAUGACCUAUCCACCAAAAUUGAUCUUAAAAAGGGCAUUAUAUCCUUUGAAGGGGUUCAAGCAGAUGUUAGGAAUGCUAAGUUGCAAAUGUAUGAGAGAAUUACAACAUUAGUUGAAGACGAGGUUUCUCUGUCUCAUUUGAUGAUUGACUUUUUGAAAUCUCAAGCAUGUCAAGAUUAUCUUGAUCAGUGCCUUAAGUCAAGUCAAGUAGUUGCUGUGUGGACCUUUGGCGAUAAAGAAAUAUCACUGUACGCACAGUCAAGAGACCAGUUAGAAACUGCAAAUGCUAUCAUUUUGAGGGAGAUUCAAGAAAAGACCUGUGAGUUAAAUGCAGAGUCUCAGCCAUUGAUGAAGUCAGAAAAGUGGCAGAAGUUGUGUGACAGUCUAAAUAAAGACUAUCCUGGAUUGUUGAAGAUUUCUUCAAGUGCAGCACAUUACACCAUUGUGACCCUGAAAAAAGAGAUGCAAGGUAUUCUUGGCAGAAUAAACAGGUUUUUGGAAGAAAAUACCAUAUUGACUGUAUUUGAGCCAAUGGAAUAUGGAAGAGUAAGCUACAUGAAAAACUAUAUGAUUGAAGGGCUGAACAAUAUCACUGCUAGUCUAAAACCAUCUGUCAUUUCAGUUGUAGCAGACAACACCAAAUCAAAGCCAGGCAUUAUGGUUAAAGGCACAAAAGAUGGUCUGAAGGAAAUUAUGCCAACUAUCAAGGAGUUAUCCAGUUCAGUCCAGAAAUGUUCAUAUCCUGUGGGAAAACCAGGCAUGCCAAAGUUCUUCAGUGAAAAGAAAGGGCAGUCUCUGCUUGAGGGUGUUGCCAUGCGUACAAAAACCAUCAUUGAAGUUAACCAGCCUGAGGAGACAACACCUCAUGUCAUUACAGGGAAACGUGAUCACCAGAAGGCAGAGGAAACCAGGGUUGUGAGGAGUCAAGUGGUUCAUAGCAGCGGAAAGAAAUUCUUGGUGUGUAAAGGAGAUAUGAGCAAAUACCCAGUUGAUGUUGUGGUCAAUGCAGCCAAUGACCGUUUGGAGCAUACAGGUGGUCUGGCAGGUGCUCUGUUAAAAGCAGGAGGAAAAACAAUCCAGGAAGAAUCAAAGAAAUUCCUUGAGAGUCAUGAAUGGUCAAGGCUCCUGGAAGGUCAGAUAGCUUGGACUGGUCCAGGGAAACUACCUUGUAAACUCAUUAUCCAUGGAGUUGUACCUCUGUGGGAGGGAGACAAAGCAGGAAAAGAGAGACUGCUCAAGGCGGUAGUCUACAAGGCUUUCGAAAAGGCUAACCAAGAUGGCUUCAAAUCCAUUGCCUUUCCAGCCAUUAGUUCUGGCACCUUUGGUUAUCCUGUGGACAAAAGUACCAGGGCCAUAGUUGAGGCUGCUGAUAUGAGUUGUAGGGAAAAUCCAGGCUCCAGUCUCAAAGAAAUUCACUUUGUUGAUGCAUUUGAUUCUACUGUUGAUCUGUUUGGUAAGGCUGUCCACAGUGUUCUGGGGGUCACUGGUCAGUUUGGACAGCCCAAGACCAGAUACAGGGGAUCACCAACAUUAAGGGAAGAUAUGAGAGGGGAUGACAUGGUGCAGUGGCAAGACCCGGAUGAUAUAGAUACAGAUGAUGAGCUCCAGGCGGCAGGAGCAUGGUGUUCUCGCAGAACAACACAGAAUACAGAUUUCCAGCCAGGUCCUUCACCAGACUCUGUGGAGACAGCUGAAGGCAUUACUGUGACUCUUGUAAAAGGGCAGCUAGCACAACAGCAGGCCUUUGAGGAUGAACUUCAGGGUGUGCAAGGCAAAGGAGGGAUGGGAGCAAAACCUAAAAGAAAAAGAAAGAGCAAGGCAGGAACUUCUGAAGGUGAUGGCUCCCUCUAUACCAACCUGACAAGCCAAACUCCUGGCAGUUACCAAAUGAAGAUUGGAAAGAUCUGUGUUCAAAUCCAAAAAGAUGAUAUUACCAAAGAAGAUGUGGGAGCAAUAGUUAACAGUACAAAUCCCACUCUGGACUUGUCAGUGGGUGGAGUGUCCAAGGCAAUUGUUAACAGUGGAGGGAGUGCUAUCCUGGAUGAAUGUAGAAAGAAGGGUCAAACACAGAGUGGUCUAGCUCUGACAGGAGCAGGGAAACUGAAAUGCAAUCACAUAAUUCACUUUGAUGCUCUAGUGUACUUCCAUGGUAAAUGGAAGGAGGCUGUUAUCAAGUGCCUAGAAAUGGCAGAGUCUCUAGGUGUAAAGUCUGUGGCUUUCCCUGCACUUGGAACAGGUGCACUUGGAUUUAAUAAUAACCCUGAGUCAAUUGCCUCAGACAUGUUGGAAGGUAUUGCUGACUUCUACAUUAAUGUUAAUCCAAUUAAUGUCAUGCUGGUAAGGAUUACUUUGUUUCAACCACAUCUGCUACCUAUAUUCCAUAAGGUUAUGAAGAACAAGCAUGGAACACCAUUAAAAGACAACAGAGGUAUCUUUAAAAAAGUGUGGGAUACCUUUCUAAUGCAUUCAUGGAAAGGGAGUGAGGUUUUGGAAAGGGAGAAAAAAGUGUUGGUUCUUGACAUUUAUGCAAAGGACAAGAAAUCUUCUGAUGCUGCCGUGCAAGGUAACUUUCCGGAAUUGACGUUCGGCACAUGACUAACCCACAAGGACGUGUUCCACUCCCGUGUUUUGGGCCGAUAAAAUGCUUAGCUAGACAUAAAAAGUCUCUUGAAAUAUAUUGAGAAUCAUUGUACCACCAGCGUAGGCGCUGGCGGUACACAUGGUUUUA